AUGAAGCUCGCAAUCCUCGUAGCCUUGUCUACUAUUGCUUGCGCAACUUCUCAAAGCUAUUUUGUUGGCUACGAUCCCUUGAAACCUGGCCCUGUCGACCCCAAUCCCUUCAAGGGCCUCUCAUAUGGCGACCAAUUCACAGUCGCUCGUCGCGCUCAAGUGGCCCCAACACUCUACAGACCCAAGAAGAACCCCAACGUUUUGGCCCUCGCUCCAAAGCCUCCUGGGAUGGCCCUCGGUUCCGUCCGCAAGGCGACGACGGUGGAUACCUUCGAGCCCACGAGGAUCUCCUUUGCCUGCGUGACCGAUCAGAGAGGAAAGGCGGUGCCCGUCAACUGUACUGUCGUGUUCGAGGGCACGCAGAACAACCAUCUGGGUAUUCCAAAGAUCCAGACGGCGCAAUACACUAGCACUCCGCGGUUGCAGAGAGUGGAUUUUGAUGGAUUCACGAACCUCAGGGCGUUGGACUUUACCCUGACCGAGGCAGGGAAGGGUGGCAUGUUGAGUCAGGACGUCACGUUGAUCUUGGACAACUUUGGGUAUUCCGUCAACACGAACUAG